AGCAUUUAUACAAACAACGACAACGAGCUCAGACGCAGGUACCAGCACAGGAAAAAGCUUUCUUGCUUUCAGCAAUGUCCUCGUCCUCUUUCUUUUGAUGCAGACAUCAACCAUCGAACACGAUUGUAGUGCGGGUGCGCAACGAGCUAGUACAGUUCUUGUAACAGCAUCUUCAAUAAAGCUACAAGGUAGAAUAACAGCAACAGAUUAUAUUCGUACUAGAAAGGCAAAUAAUAAUAAAUCUAUCAGACCAACCCGCCGACAUCAUCAAACCCGCCUGUUCAAUUGCAGUAUACAAGGUGACCUAGACCUUGUGGCGUCAUUUUUUUUUGGUUUCAUCGUCGUAGCUCAGGAGGUGCACACUGUGUCCGUGUGGUUUUCUGAAAAGAUCCCGUGUAAUAGUGCGUGGUCAGCGACUUCGGGCUGCGAAGCAAAAAUUGCAAAUUUAAGGAUCUUUUUGAAGAUCCACAGCACGGCGCGAAGCGGACGUAUCUCUACUACGCCUGCGGCACGAAGAUCUGCUGCUAACGUUCCAUCAACUUUCUUCGUGAAGGAAGAUGGUUCGAUUUGGCCCAGGACCUCAAGUACUGCCGGUCGGACUCAAAUUUGGUGGACCGAGAUCCUCUUUUGCAGCUGUAACUGUUGUACAACCGCCGUCGUCGUCAGUCAACAUUAAAUUGAGAGCGCCCAGUGCUCGUGCUGGUAGGUGGAACAAGAAUUGCGCGCUACAGACAGGAAGUGGCUUUUGUACGGCUUCUAGACAGCUCUCACAUUACUGCGCGCCCUGGACGAGGUCCUCAACUGCAAAGCACGUGAACUCAAGAAGUGAUGUGAACCCCAGCAACAUUCAUCCGGUGGUGAUUCGUCCGCGUGCUUUUCGCAGCAGCAAAAUAUCUUCUGGAUUCCAGCUGGUUCCCCCGAGUACUUCUAUUUCCGCCCGACAAGGACUGGUAAGUGAUUCGUAUUUGUUUUUGUUUGAGACUCCAUUAAGACGGAAAAUGAAGUGAAAACCCUGUCCGCUCGUGUCAGAGAUUCCCAGAUGGCUAAAAUCGGUUUCUUCUUUAGAAGUACACUUCCACUGAUUUCGGAAUUGAUUAUCGUAUCGGUCUUGGUAGUGUCAGUGCUUGUAUGUUCCUCUUUGAUCGACGUGAUAGCAAAAUUGCUUCACGACCCACUUGUCUAGCUUUUUCUUGUUUCUUUAUGCGCACCAAAUCUUUGCCGUCUCCGAUGGAUAACAUGUUGUACGUUGAAUACGUACCUACAGGACUCACUCCCACUCUGGUUGAGGACAGUAGGAUAGUAGUUCCGCUCGUCUUCACAUUUUUUUGAUUUUAUUGUUUUUGUCAUAUCAUCAAUUUCAGAAAUUGUUCGCAUAAAGGUUUAUUCAUCGUGGGCCUAAUGAAGAAAAAGAAAUGUGAACAAAUUCCGCACAGAACUCCAACCUCUGUUUCUUCAGCCCUGAUCGGAAAUUUUCGUCCAGUGCCACAGCACCUUCCCCCGAGACAAGAAUGCAAGAGGACGGUAAAGUCGACGUGUAUGUGGUGGGGUUUGGCGUUCCGGGUCGCAGCAUGGCCUGGUUCCACUGUGAGCAGCUUCGACGCGGCUUGAUUCCCAACGCCCGGCUCGCUGGAAUCAUCGAACCGGGUCUGGGACUGGCGAAAAACGCGAAGGACGUGCCCGUGACCACGUGGCAGUUUGGCGAUUUGUCGGCGAAAGAGAAGAACGAAAUCCAGAUCGUAAAGUCGGUUGCGGAUCUGGUCCCGCGGCCCGGCUGCAGUGACCUGUCGCCGGUUGUACGAGGAAAAAGUGCGAAUGAAGUGGAACAACAAGAAUUUUCCUCGUGCGCAGUCGUGGCCUGCCGCACAGUCGAUAUGUGCGACCAACUGCGCCAACUCGUCGAUCACGGGAUCCGGUGCAUUUACUUGGAAAAACCCGGCGCGUUUUCCGCGAAGGAGCUCGAGCAGGCGAAAGAGUACGCCGAUCGGUUUGGCGCGAAAGUUUAUCUCGGCUACAACCGCAACGUGGCGCCCUACUUGCAAAAGAGCGUCAGCUACUUGUCCGAUUUCGCGCAACGAACUGGUGUCACUCCGAAAAAUGUGAAAGAUCAGCAGGAGCUUGUUUUCCACUGCGAGCACUUCAACACGUACCAGCCAAAAGACCUCUUCGAGCUGUGUUUUGCCCGGAACCCGGAAGGAAUUUUGAAGAACAUGGCGAUUCACGAACUCAUGAUCGCCGUGGCAUUUUUUGGUUUCAAAGUCGAUGAUUUGAAGGACGUGCGCAUUCUGAACAGUAAGUUUCACUCGUUCGCGGGUAAUACGACGGGACAAACGAAUUCUCUGUCGGACCACGCGAACAGCGUGCUGGCGAAGCUGGACGGGGAUUUUUCCUUCCUCGAUUUUCAGCUGGUGCACAAGGACCCAGACGUUCCGGUAUUCCAAAUCACCGCGGAUCGCUGCGGGGGCGACGUGGUGCGCGCGACCGUCGCUUCGUGUUGCAACCGACAGAAAACGUACAAGAUUUUGUACCAGUCAAGUCUGGAUAGCGGGAAGCCGGUAGGACCAGCUUUGGGUGCUGUGAGUAGCGCCGCCGGUUCCCCGUGCUGGAUGACGCAGUAUCCGGACAUGAUGCCGUACUUGCGCUUGCAGGCGGACACGUACCGAACGUUGAAAGAAAAGGUGUGUUUCUACUCCACCUCUUCUGGGGCUGACUUUCGAGCUGCAACCAGUGCUGCACCAUCCAGAAGUGCCAUCGCAUCUUCGUCGGGCGGCGGGGGAAAAGUGGCGACGAUCGAGGAUGGCGUCGAAGCGCUGCGGUUAGCGGAGCACCUGGAAAGUCUAUUUAAGCACGCGGCGAAUUCCGACACUGCCGAAUUCGACGUGGAGCCCGCGACGAGGGUCGUGCACGCGAGGCUCUAGAUCAUCACGCGAGGCUCAGUUUUCAUCGUCGGUCGUCGUGUUUCUCAAAGAGCAAAUAAAGAGCGUGAUGUUGGAGCUCUACCUUUCACAUGCCAAGCAUCAACGUACGGUACUUACGCAUCGACGUGUACUACUAGUAUAAUAAAGACUCGUACACUAGAUAAUGAUAAAGAUUAGACACAGGGCGCUCCAUGCGACAGCCACGGUCGAUACGCGAAGAGCUACGUGUACAAAAACAAUACAAAAGAUGAAUUUUUUCGUCAUCUACAAAGCAACACAAAGACCACCGACUUCCGGAAUCGCAUCCGCACCCGAAGCGUCUUCUUGCAUGCAAGUGAAGACAGACCAGGUACCUUCAAAAUCAACUGUAGAGAGCAAACCGGGCGUGCCAAGUUCGGGUGUGUUCACUGGCGAGCGCAAGAGCGGCAACGUAGC